GUCGAUAGGGCUUCGCUUGCCGUUGGAUUCUGAUUUUGAGGCAGGAACUCAAAAAUAGAUAAUAUUGACGCUUGUUAAUAAUUACUGUGCACGUUUCUGUGCACAGAAGUGAUUUAAGUAUCUUGACGUAGCGGGUUGGAGGAAAACUAGCAAUUUUUGAUGAAGAAAAUGGUGGGAUCCAGGGUGUAUGUUGGUGGUCUGCCCUUUGGGGUCAGAGACAGAGAUUUGGAGAAAUUCUUCAAAGGCUUCGGCAGGAUCAGAGAUAUUCUUAUCAAGAAUGGUUAUGGAUUUGUGGAGUUUGAAGACUACAGAGAUGCAGAUGAUGCAGUUUACGAGCUAAAUGGAAAAGAACUGCUUGGAGAAAGGGUGUCGGUGGAGCGGGCGCGGGGCAUGCCUCGGGGGUCGGACCGCUGGCGCUGCCGCGACCAGCCGCCGCCGCCGCCGCGACGCCCGCCGCCGAGACGCGACAACGCUGGGACAAAGAGCAGUGACUACAACUAUAGAUAUGGACCGCCGACGCGCACCGAGUAUCGACUUAUCGUCGAAAAUCUGUCUAGCCGCAUAAGCUGGCAGGACCUGAAGGAUUACAUGCGUCAGGCUGGGGAGGUUACCUAUGCUGACGCACACAAACAGCACAGAAAUGAGGGCGUGGUAGAAUUCGCGACGCACUCGGACAUGCGCGCGGCAAUCGAGAAGCUGGACGGCACGGAGCUGAACGGGCGCCGCAUCAAGCUGGUGGAGAACCGCCGCACGUCGCGCCGUCGCAGCCGCUCGUCCUCCUCCCGCAGUCGCUCGCGCUCGCGCUCCCGCGACCGCCGCCGCUCGAGAUCGCGCCGCUCGUCGCGCAGCCGGUCCAGGUCUAAGUCGCGCCCGAAGAGCAAGAGCCCCGCGGCCAAGUCGAGGUCCAGGUCGCGCUCAAAGGACCGCAGUCGCUCCAAAUCCCGAUCCCGGUCCGCCUCGCGUAGAUCCGACCGCCGGUCCGAAUCCCGCAAGUCUGCAGACAGGAACGGUCGCUCCUCCCGCUCCAAGUCAAAGUCAAAGUCCAGGUCGCCCAAAGCUGACUCCAAGGAAAGGUCCCGUUCGCGCAGCAAGGAGGCGUCGCCAAAGCGUGACGAAGAACGUCGCGCCAGCAAGUCGCGCUCUCGCUCCCGGUCCCGGUCCCGGUCCCGCGACCGCUCCGGCUCACGCGGCCGCUCCGGGUCCCGCUCCCGCUCCCGCUCCGCCUCGCCCCGACAAAACGGAAACGGCCAAAACCGCGGUAGCACCGAUCGCUCCCCUCGUAGCGGAGACUAAAAACAAUAGACUACGACACUCCCUAGGUUUAAUAUCUAAUUUUAAUUCAUUGACUUCGAUUAUAAGGUUCUUGGAGGAACUAGCAAGGCUUGUGCAUUUUCAGUUUUUCGAUUACGCCGCAAUAGAAUGUUCCUACUGAAUUUGUCUAUCAUUUAACAUUUAGGUUAAAUUUUCGAAGUCAAAUUUGUAAUAUAGGAUUUUAAAUGCACCAUAACUUGUUCAACUCACAUUUUGUGUGGUGUCAGUGUAUUUUUUAAUUCAUAUACCUACAUUUUUAUUAGAUUUCGUUAGCUCCAUGUCAUUUAAAAUAGGGUACCUACUUGGAUUGUGAAUUUAUUUAAGUUAAGCAAUUUCAUUACAAGCAUACUUUUGUAUGAUUUUAUAAUAAUAAUUACAGUACACAUAAGUCGACGACUUUUUAGAAGGCCAAUUUAAUGAUUAGACUUCAGACCUGGGCAAAAUUCUUUAGUACAUAUAAGUUGAUAAAAUUAUCGCUGAGACAACCCUAUGCAAUAGGUAAGAAUAUGUAUUUGUAAAUACGGAUUUUGUUACUUAUAACCAAAUAAAUAAUAAAGAUUUAUUAAA